CUUCCUCUUCUCUCAUCUGGUCUUCCUCUUCUCUCUGGCUCCGCCCCUUUCAAAUAACCAUGAUGGAGAUCGCAGCGUACGUGCCGGACAUGUUAGCGAAGGUGGCGGCUUUCCUGGUGGUCCAGGCGCUGGUGUAUCUGAUCCUCUCCAACUCGUCGGAGGUGUUCUCCAAGGACAAGAAGCUCGGGUCCCUCAGCUUCAAACCCGCUCGCUCCCUCAGCAUCCGCGGGAUUCUGGCCGCGUUCUCCGACGUGCCGCAAGCCGCUGGCGGCGGCGAGCCAUCGCCACGCUCGUCGUCCUCUAUUGCCCAGAGCACGCCGGUGUUUGAGGAUCUUCCCAGCGGCUGCGAUUGUUCGUCCUGAAAUGUUGGGGCGUGUGGAGGGAUUCAUAAGGCAAUAGGGCGCUGUUCUGGGAGAAUUCAUUGAUUUGUUUGUUCAGAUACUUACUUUGAAAAUAAAAUUAUGUUGGUGGAUUGCUUCGUCGAUGCAUAUAGGUCGUCAACUUUGUUGUAUGUAAUUGAGAGGGCCACUGACAAUUAGUAUACGAUGAUUCUGCUAAAA